AUGUCAGAUGCAACUCCAACUCCAAUAAAAGAUGCCUACGUCGCCGUCGUCGGCGUUUCUGGCGCCGGCAAGUCGUCGUUCAUAUCAACCUGCGCUGGCAAACAGCGGCCUCAGCAUUACAGCACUGCUGGGAUGGCGGGCUCCCCCUUCAUGUACAAUGACCAUCUACGGGUGCAUCUCAUCGACACGCCUGGGUUCAGCGACGCAGGGGACAAGUCUGAUGUGGAGAAGCUGCGCACCAUCGCCGUCUGGCUGCUGGAAAUGUUCAAGCAGGGCAAGAAGCUCAGUGGCGUUGUCUUCCUGCACCCCAUCUCGGUGCAAAAACCGCUGGGUCCGUCGCUCAUUAACGUUCUCAUGUUUGCCCGCCUCUACGGCGAGGCCUUCUACGAGUCAGUUGCUCUCGUCACGUCCAUGUGGGGGAAGGUCCCGAUCAAAGAGGGCGAGCGCCGUGAGAAGGAGCUGGUGGACAGCGACCAGUUCUUUGGCUUUAUGCACGAGAGGGGUAGCAAGACUUUUCGGUACGGAUUCGCCCACGACAACAGGGAGUCUGCUUUGAGGAUCAUUUCGCAUAUCCUUGAAUCAGACCGAGAUAUCGCGCUUGACUCUCAGCAGGGAGUACAGGAGACUCGAGCCGGCACUCGUCUUGAACAAGUCCAGCUGCGCGACUUUUCGCGGAAGAUCAAACAAAACAACGACGGGAUUCUGAAGCUUUACCGAGAGCAGAUCAAUGCACUGCUACGGGAGAUCAGAGACGGAGCAGAGCGCCAGCAGAAGCUUACCGACAAGAUGGAACAGAUCAUAGAGUGCAACGACCAGGAGGUCCGCGAUGUCAAAAAGAGGAUGGAAGAGAUGGAGGCGCAGGCGAGACUCGCACAGGCAGAGCUGGCCCGCGUAGAGGACGGCUUCAAGCGGGAACGCAAGGAUCGCGAAAAAGCUGCGCUCGAGGAGCUGGAACGCGCCAAGCGCGACCUCACCCGCCAGCAUCAGCAGGAGGUGGAGCGUGUCCGCACCGAGAUGACGAGCGACGCAAGUCAGCGAGAAAAAGCCGUCCGUGACGAGAUGGGCGCCGCUGCAGGCAAGCGGGAGACGGCUUUGAAGGAUGACAUCAGCCGUUUGAAGGAGCAAGUCAAUCGUGCGCAGGGCGAAGUGAAAGCCAUACAGUCCAAGAUGGACCAGGAGAUGCAGGGGUGGAAGAAGGCUGAGACUGAUCUGAGGAAAAGUCUGGAACAACAGCUUAAAGAGGUUGAAAGACACCGGGCAGAGCUAGAAAAGGAGGAGAAGGCGAAGGCAACAUUGAUCCGUGACGCAGAGGAAGCGAAGGUGAUGAUGAAGAAGGAGAUGGCAAGCCAGAAGACGGAGAUGGACAACCAGCGGUUGCAAGAAGUGAAACAAGUGCGAGAAGACAUGGCUCGUCAGGCUAAACAGGCCGAAGAAACGAUGAACAAGAGGCUGGAACAGCAAAAGUCGGACUUGAAUAAGCAACACGAGCAAGCAGUGAGGGCAGCACGGGAGGAGAUGUCACGAGUGGCGAAGGCGGACCUGGAGAAGAAGGAGAAGGAGGUAAAGGCGGAGGCGGACAAGCUGAUGCAGGAGCUGAAGCUGGUUCUGGAGAAGAAAGAGAAGGAAAUGAAAGUGGAGAGGGAGAAGCUGUUGCAGGACAUCAAGAAGAAAGAACAAGCCAUGGAUCGUCGGGAAGAGGCACUCAAGGCCGAGAUGGAGAAUGUCAUGAAGCUGUCGGACGAGAACCUGAAGGAGGUUCAGAGGCAGAUUGAGGAGUGGGAGAAGGAGAGAGUCGAGCGUGAGAGGCAACAGAAGGAACUAAUGGAGCGUGAGAGGCAGCAGAGGGAACUAAUGGCUCGUCGAGGUCGGUUUAAGCUAUUUGGUUAA